AUGUUUGUCUUUUUGGAACGACAGUCCAUGCUGUUUUUCAUGUCCGAGAAGAUGCAGGAACCAUGUGCGUCGAGGAAAAAGAGUAAGAAGUUUGUGGAGGGAAGGUUGAAAUUGAAACCAGACGUGUCGAGUGCACGGAACAGUGUUUUCAAAGAUCAAGGAGGAAUUGAUACGAGAGCAGUUGAUAAGAGCACUCCAGACGUCGUGGCCUCACAGCUGGUUUUCGAGAAGGAGUCUGUUCGUGAUGACUUCCCACAGAGCGUCAAUUCCUGCGUAAAGUCGGUUGGUGUUUUGAAGACUGCAGAUCUAGUCGAUGAUGUGGCGCCGAUUAUAUCACCGUUUUCCUAUCAAGAUCUUCUCAUGGAUAUGGUAACAAGUACUGGAACUGGAAGCACUGUCACACCAAGUCUAUGUUCAAGUACUACCAACAAUCGACAUGACAGGAAACCAUUGCUUGAGGGCUACAAAACACAGAAAGAGACUCGAAGUAGCCAAUUAGCAAUUUGUGGAAAGCCGGGACGUCUCGGUACUAACAUGGUAGAUCCGUUGCAUUUCUUACCUAUCGCAGCGAACUGGCAGAAUGCACAACUAUUCCACGGUUUCAUCAAAAUCAUUGCCAAACACGUUUCCUCAAUCGACGGAAAACCUCACCCAAAUUAUUACAACGAUCACUGGCUACCAUGGGAUAUGAAAGUUCCUAUAAUAGCUCAAGUUGCUCUUUUCAACACAAGCUACUAUCAAGCAGAACUUCAAAAAAUACCACCAAGUCAAUCGCCUGUUGUCAUAUCAAAGAAAGUCAAGACCAUUAACAAUUUGAACGUCAUGCUGAGGAACCAUAAUACUAGUACACUGGAUGAAGUCCUCGGAGCAGUGGUUUAUCUGACGACGAAUGAGUGGUAUUUCGGUACCGAGGAGAACGUUCAAGGUCAUAUCAGAGGAUUGCUAGAGUUGGUCAGGUUGCGAAGUGGUUAUUGA